GGAAAACUGUCCAGCGGCGCCCUGGCCUUCACACUAUAGACGAAACACUUUGCCCGAAACUUUUCUCCAGAGUAGAGUUCUUUGUCAACUUCCGUUGAGUUCGUCGAAAGUUGUCAAUACCCCAGAUACCCAAGCAGUUCAGCAUGAGGUCCCCGUUGAAAUUGGCGAUGGCGAUGGCCUCGCUGUUGCUCGCACCUGUGUAUGCCGCCAUUACUCGUACUUUCAAUGCCCCGGCGGGAUACGAUUGGGACACACUGCAUAGCUCAAUCCAUAUGGAUGUCACCAAGAAUAACGUGCCGCAAUAUACCAAUACGCUCAAGGCAGGAGUGACCUAUAAGCUUAUCGGAACUGGGUUGUACGAUCACUACGGAAAUUCGGUCGAUCCUAUUUGCAUUUACACCUCAUCCACCGCGGACGGCGGGACAGGGUGUGAUGCAAACGGAUGGGGUCCAAAUGCGGGAUUCUUCUCCACCGCCCUCGGCGUUACUUGCGCGGCCACCAAGCCUCUGGCUUUCUGGACGAACGGAAAUAGCUACUGCCCAACGGGUGGCCUCGCUACACGCGAGUACAUCGUUUAUAUCACCUCCACCGCCGAUACCACCGUAGACUUCUACUUGCUGGACUCGAAUGUUUCUGGCAAUAAAGAUAUCUCGGGAGGAGUUUACUUCAAGGUGUACUCUCCCACGCCUGCUGGCGGAACGACUACGACAUCCAUUUCCACACAGCGCACGACGUCCACGGUUACGACCACGCAGCGCACGACGGCGACAGCCACCGCCACCUCGACCACCACGGCCACCGCUACGAGCGUUUCCACGCAGCGGACGACCGCCACGGCCACUUCCACAACGACUGCAACAGCUACUAGUGUGUCCACUUACCGCACAACCGCAACCGCCACUUCCACAACAACGGCGAUUUCACUUUCAACGGCUACUAGUGUGUCCACUUACCGCACAACCGCAACCGCCACUUCCACAACGACGGCGAUUUCACUUUCGACGGCUACGAGUGUGUCCACUUACCGCACUACUGCAACCGCCACUUCCACGACAACGGCGAUUUCACUUUCGACGGCUACAACGGUAUCCACUUACCGCACAACGGCGACGGCAACAUCCACGGCAACAGCCACGGCCACUUCGACCACUACAGCGACGGCGAUUUCUACUAAAAUUUCUACAGCAACGGCUACUGCGACCUCCCUGAGCACAGUAGUUUCAGUAUCAACUUCCCGCAUCACAAGCGUCACAACUGCCACGGCUACUUCUACUGCCACUUCGACCACAACGGCGGUUUCUACUACGAUCUCCACUGCGACAGCCACAACUACUGCGACGUCGCUUAGUACAGUACUUUCGGUAUCAACUUCCCGCAUCACGAGCAUUUCCACAGCUACCCAAAUGUCUACGGUUACCAGUGUCUCCACAGCUCCAGGGACGACUGUGGUUUCCACGCUUGCCGGAACUACUAAAACCACCACAGCGACCGCCACUUCAACAUCUACGGCAACGGCGACAUCUACUUCUACCGUUACGAGCGUUUCGACUGCGAGUGUGCUAGUAAAAGGUACGGCAACGGUGACUUCCACGCUUGCCGGAACCACGACGACUACUACCGCCACGGCCAUUUCUACUGCCACGGCCACGUCCACUGCCACUCAGACGUCCACCGUUGUCUCGACUGCGCCUGGGACGACCGUGGUGUCAACCUCGAGCGUCCUGAGUACUCAGACGGUUGUAACGACGCAACCAGCUUCGACCACGACCACCACGGCAACUCAGCCUGCAUCUACGUCUACCGUUACAAGUGUUUCGACUGCGCCCGGGACGACAGUGACAUCAACCUCCAGCGUUCUGAGUACUCAGACCACCACGGCCACGGCCACGGCCACGGCCACCAGUACUCUGAUCUCGAGCGUUCUUAGUACUAAAACGGUCGUAACAACACAGCCUGCGUUGACCACAACCACUACGACAACACAGCCUGCAUCUACUUCUACCGUUACAACUGUUUCGACUGCGCCCGGGACGACAGUUGUGUCAACCACCAGCGUUCUGAGUACCCAGACCACCACGACGACGGCCACGGCGACCAGCACUCUAAGUGUGCUCAGCACCAAGACUGAUACGGCCACUGUCACCUCUAGUAUCUACAGCACCCGAACGGCCACGGCGACGGCCACACAGACCAACACGGAAACCCAGACCACUACGGCCACGGCCACGGCCACCAGCACUCUGAUUUCUAGCGUGCUUAGCACGAAGACCGAUACGGCUACCGUGAUUUCCAGCGUGCUAAGCACCAAGACGGAUACGGCUACCGUCACCUCGAGUGUGGUCAGCACCAAAACCAAUACAUUGAGUCAAACCGUGACGACAACGGAAGCUGCGGUCACAAUUGUCUCCUUGUCGACCACGACGAAUACGCAGACGACGACUGCCACUGAUACCCAAACAAGAAGUUUCACUGAGACGGCCACGGCAACUCAGACGCAGACGCAGACAUCGAUUCAAACUCAGACGGCCACCGCGACGGCGACUAGUACGGCUACUCAGACCCAGACGCAGACAUCGAUACAAACUCAGACGGCCACCGAAACUGAAACAACUACGGCUCUGUCGACCACCACGACUGUCUCGACCGAGGUGGAUAACUUCUACUACACAAGCUAUUCAACCCUCACGUCCAUCAGCGUGCGUCCCGCUAGCACGGUUACGAGCACCACGACCGAGGUCUCGACUGAAGUCGACACGGAGACAGCGACCAUCACUGCGGAGGGAAAAACGGUCACCGCUACAGCCACCACCACGGCUGUCUCGACUGAGGUGGAUAACGUUUACUACACGAGCUACUCGACGGUCACGUCUGUCAGCGUGCGUCCCGCUAGCACUGUUACGAGCACCACGACCGAGGUCUCAACUGAAAUCGACACGGAGACAGCGACCACCACUGCGGAGGGAAAAACGGUCACCGCUACAGCCACCACCACGGCUGUCUCGACUGAAGUGGAUAACUUUUACUACACGAGCUACUCGACGGUCACGUCUGUCAGCGUCGGGGCUGCGAGCACGGUUACAAGCACCACAACUGCGAUCUCCACCGAGAUCGACACGGAGACUGCGACCACUACCGCGACGACAACUCAGACUGGAAGUGUUUCUACCGUGACGGAGACGACUACGGCCUCUGCGGCUACUCAAACCGAGACGGUGACGGUUACUGCAUCUGCUAGUACGCAGACUCAGACGGUGACGGUUACGGCCUCUGCGGCGACUCAAACCGAGACGGUAACGGUUACUGCGUCAGCUAGUACGCAGACCCAGACGGUGACUGUAACUCAGUCCACCGCAGCACCCGCUACAACAACGACGGCCACGACCACGGCCACGGAAACCGUAACUGAACAUGCCCCGGUUUCUUGGAUGACAGUCACCGAAUCGGCAUCAACUUCGUACAUUACCAGCACAGCUACCGAGCGGGAGACCGUAGUUUCCACCACAACUGCCGCCAAGGCCACCGUAACGCAAACUACGACCGAAACAACGACAGUGGUUUCUACGGCAGCGCCAGAGACAGUCACCCAGCAUCAGACAGCCUUUGUGACGGAGACGCAGGUGAAGACCACGACGGUCUCGGUAUCCCCGGCCACGGUGACCUCGUUCAGCACCACCACGGCCACCACCACCCGCACCAAAACCGACACUAGCACAUCCACCACCACCGAAACCACCACUCGCACGAAAACCACCACGGAAACCAGCACGUCCACCACAACGACAACAGUCACCGCUACACCCAGCGGCACUGGCACCGGCUCCUCGUCCACCACCGCCGCAGCUGCUAGCAUAGGUGGCGGGAUCGCGGCAUUAGGAGCCGUUUCGGCCGCGGUUUUCGUCGGCCGCCGUCGUCGCGGAGCCCAAUUGCGUGAACGGGCCGCACUGCAGCACCAGACGCGGGACCGGGCGUUCAACUAUGUGAAUCCACUCUAUACCGCCCCGGAAGGCAUGCAUGAGAACCCGCUGUACGAAGACACUGGGAUGAUAGAGUAUUAGAGACGUGUUGGGGACAUGCUUUUGUACUGAUACCUUCUUUUGGUAAUUGGGUGCGCCCGAAAUCGUACUUAGGUAGUUUUUAGGGGUAGCUUGCGCAUAGGUAGAUUAGGGAUAGCGUUUGACAUUUUUGGCAUCAGAGCGGAGACACUUCUCGUGUUCUUUCAUAAUUCAGUACACAUAGCAUACACUUUGCAAAUAAUACCCACAAAAACGGGCCCAUCGGCCCAGCAUACUGC